AUGUCGAUCGGUGCGUGUGGUGCAAUUCCAGCGACGGGGUGCGACGGGGUGCUGAGCUUGUCUUUCCCAUGGUUUGAGUCCGAUUCCGGUUUGGAUUCGUCUCCGGCGGGGUUUGUUGGGUCUUGCGGGUCUCGGUGGCAGCCAUCGUUGCCGAGUUUGGGUUUGAUUUACACCACCACCGACACCGGCAAGGAUGUCGGCAUAAGAGACAGCGGCGGCGAUAGCCGAAUCGUGGUGGCUGAGCACCAAACCACCCUCUCCGACCUCACCAACCGUCUUUCCAAAACCCUUCUCAGCCGAGAAUCUAGAGAGUCUACAGGAUGGAUACAAGAUGAUAUAUGUGAUGAGGGGAAUUCCGAGUGUAGUAUCAAGAAUUCGGAAGAGGAGAGAGAGAUUGUCAUGGAUGAAAUUAGCCAUCAUCGAAUGGUUGGAAGAUCACAUGAAGAAGCUGAGGCCGGUGACACAGUGGAUAUGAAGAAGAAAAUGAAGAGGGGCUGGCUUAAAAAAUUAAAUGUCCUAUCACGUAUUACCAAUAGGCAAGGGGAAGAAAGUUUGAAGCCGAGUGAUUUCAACUUGGAAUUGGGGACUAGAGUUCGAAGAGUUCGGGUUCAUCUACAUGGGAAGAGGUCAAAAGAAUUGUCCUCCCUUUACGCAGGACAAGAAUUUUCAGCACACAAGGGCUCAAUCUUGACAAUGAAAUUUAGUCCCGAUGGCCAGUACCUGGCAAGUGCCGGUGAAGACAAUGUCGUUCGUGUCUGGAAGGUGAUGGAGUAUGAGAGACCAAAUCAAUUUGACAUUCAAGAUACUGAUCCUUCAUGUUUGUACUUCUUAAUGGAUCAUUUAUCCAAAUUUGCCCAUCUUGAUGUGGAUAAAAACAAAAUUGGUAGGAUGAAGAGGUUGAGGAAAUCAACGGAGUCAGCUUGUGUAAUUUUCCCAUCAAAAAGUCUUUCGGAUUUUGGAGAAACCUUUACAUGA